GAGCGCAUUUAAAGAUUUGUUGCGAUUUGCGGCGUACAAAAAAAAAUACAUAAAAUAAAAAAAUUGAAAAAUGUUUCGCUUAUCAAAAAGCGUUAUAACAUUACUCUCAAAAACUGCAAAAAUAUCUGCACCGCAAGACACUGGAAUUUUACUGUGUACACAGGGAAACCUAAAGUUUCUCAGUACAGAUAUUAACGAUAAGUUUUCCUUGAAACAUGAAGAGGUUGGCCGGCCCCUUUACUUCGACGCUCAAGCGACAACACCUGUCGACCCUCGAGUACUUGACGUGAUGAUGCCUUACUUUGUUGGACAGCAUGGCAAUCCACAUUCUAGGACUCAUGCAUACGGUUGGGAGAGUGAAGCAGCUGUGGAAAAAGCUAGAGAACAAGUAGCAAAUCUCAUUAGAGCGGAUCCCAAGGAAAUUAUAUUUACCUCGGGAGCAACGGAGUCUAAUAAUAUAUCUGUAAAAGGAGUUGCUAGGUUUUAUGCGCCCAGGAAAAAGCAUAUUGUUACUACUCAAAUUGAACAUAAAUGUGUACUGGACUCAUGCAGAGCACUAGAAGGAGAGGGUUUCAAGAUUACAUAUCUGCCGGUGGGAGCCAAUGGCAUUAUUGACCUAAAAGAAUUGGAAGCUGCACUCACCCCCGAAACUAGUCUUGUUUCAAUAAUGACAGUCAACAAUGAAAUAGGUGUAAAACAGCCUAUAGCUGAAAUUGGAGAGCUCUGCAAAAGCAAAAAGAUAUUUUUCCACACAGAUGCAGCACAAGCGGUGGGCAAGGUCCCUCUGGAUGUUAACAAGAUGAACAUUGAUUUAAUGUCAAUUUCUGGCCACAAAGUUUAUGGACCCAAAGGUGUUGGGGCACUGUACAUUCGGCGUAGGCCUCGAGUACGAGUAGAGCCUAUACAGAGUGGAGGGGGGCAAGAAAGAGGAAUGAGGAGUGGCACAGUACCUACGCCUCUUGUUGUUGGACUAGGUGCCGCUUGUGAACUGGCCGAGCGUGAGAUGGCAUAUGACCACGCCUGGAUGGAAACACUCUCACAAAGAUUCCUGGACAAGAUUUACUCAAAGCUGUCACAUGUCAUCAGAAAUGGGGAUCCAGAACAAUCUUACCAUGGAUGUAUCAAUUUGUCAUUUGCUUAUGUUGAAGGCGAAUCUUUGUUGAUGGCCCUAAAAGAUGUGGCGCUGUCCAGUGGCUCGGCGUGCACCUCAGCCUCUUUAGAACCUUCCUAUGUAUUGAGAGCUAUUGGAACAGACGAAGAUUUAGCACACAGUUCAAUCAGAUUCGGACUAGGAAGAUUCACAACAAUCGACGAAGUAGACUACACAGCAGAGAAGACAAUCAGACACGUGGAACGCCUCCGAGAGAUGAGCCCGCUGUGGGAGAUGGUGCAGGAGGGAGUGGACAUCAAAACUAUUCAGUGGUCGCAGCACUAAUGUACGGGUCGUCGUGUCCUGUUAGUUAUGCAUGUCCAUUGUUACUAUGGUAAUAGACAAAAAAUACUAUUAUAGGUUUUUUUUAAGAUUAGAAUUUUUCGGUCCUCAAAAGCAGUGGUAAUUAACUUUUUCCUCAGAAAUGGGAGGGAUAGGGUUCCUAUGAUAUUUAAUAUUGCGGUACAAUAAUAUGUAAAUGACACUAUAAUUCAGUGCAUAGUUACUCAGAUUUAAUUAUGGAGGAAAAAUGUUACCAUUACUUUUGAGGUUAAAAAAGUUUUAAUCUGAAAAAAAAAAAAACGGAGUAUAGACACGUAGAACAAAAUAUUGAAGUAGAUGGCGCUGUACCAUCUCGUAUACUAUGCAGUAAUUAAAACAUAAUUUAAUCGAGCUUAUCGCGAAUUGUUUUGUUACCUUUAUUUCCGACGUUUCUACGUAGGUUACAACGGUCGUUGGUCGCGGGUAUCUGAUGUCCCAUACAAAUUGUAAAAUACGUAAAUUCGUGAUAGACCCGAUAAAAUUAUGUUUUAAUACGCGAAAGUUUGAAUAUUAUGCGGUAACUCGGCUGUCAAGUACUAACGUUUGGCAAUCUAGUCACCACAAAACAUAUGAUCCCAUAUAUAGAACACAUACCUAAACAAACAUAGAAAUCUGUCAAAAUUGUAGCUACGAUAUUUUGUACUUUACGCGUCCCAGUCUUCUUUUGUCAAUGCCAUAAUUAAUCUAUGUGCACGUCGAUUCAUUUUCAGCUGGUCUAAAUGGAGUACCAAUUCUUUAAAAUCACCUUUCUGUUUGUGGCUGAGUGUUAUUAAUUUAUUCGGCUUCAUUUGUACCAGUUUUUCUGAAUCGAUCGAUGUACAGAGAUUUAAGGCUCCAUAAGAUCUGGAUAGGCUGCUAUGAACAAAUAGUUUUCAGGGUGUCUACAUUAUAGAAAAUGUGUGUAAAGUGUGUGCGAACAUAAAAUGUCUUGGACAUUUGUAGCGUGUUCGUUUAUUUGUAGGCGAUAGGCUAAAAAGCUGAUUAUAGUUGUUAAAAUUCUAUGAAACUCUAUUUAAUUAUUAAUGUUAUCUUGAAAGUAAAUUUCUUACGAGAAAAACCUAGAAAAUGUUGGGCACCCUGGUUGUUUAUAUUUUUGGUAGGUUUUUAGAUGGCUGUUAUUUUCGAUUAUAUCUUAUGCUAUUUACGUUAAUGACGUUAUUGUUCAAUGACAUGGUUAUACAUAACGGUUAUCAAGAUGAUGAUAUUAAAGAUGUAGUGCAUAAUUGUUUUCCUUCGUAUUUUCACGGAAACGUACGAACGUGUCUUGCUAUUUCAGUCAGUCUAAGUACAAAAAAACUGAGGUUGACUGAAGUAGCAUGACAAAUACGAACGUUUCCAAGAAAAUAAGAAGGAAAACAAUAACGCACUACAUCUGUACUAUAUUCACUAUUGUGGCACAAAGAUCUCGCUAUUUAUCAGACGGUAUAAUAAUUUGAAUUAAUCAAUGCCACUUGUAUUUUUUGUGUUUAACACAACAUAUAGGUAGCUUUCUCGCUGAUACUUACUGUGUUUUACAAUACACAGUAUUUGUAUUAUUACAUUGGUGGACCUUAUGUCUUUACAUAAGGUCUAUGAAUUGUCAGUUAAGAGUCACACGAACUUAGCCGCCGCCAUACAAUCGAGAUGCGCUCUCAUUUUAAAACGGCUUUUUGUCGGCGGGAUCGUGUGAAAGAUGGGAAGUACUGGAUCUUUCUGUUGGAAUCCACGGAACUUACUACAUAAAAUGGCACUCCUCUACGACUUGAUGCCUACUAAAAUGUGACCUAUCGAUAAUAUCACAGAAUUAUUUUACAAAUGGCAGACCUCAAAGAAAUUUAUAAUUUGUUGUAUCUAUCAUUGAUUUAAGUCUAUAUUAUAAUGAUGUAAAUGUUAAUAAAAUGACGCUUCACGAAAAUUCUAAA